CAGCAUCCAGCAUUAGGAGUGUUGUAUAGACUAUGAGUAUAUUUAUGAAUACGUGGUCAAUGGUCAAUGUUAGUAUUAGGUAGUUACAGAAAUGGAGUAUAGGAUAUUUAAUAUUGUUUGUUUGUCCCAAUUUUUUUGGCUGUUGCCGUGUUGUUUGUGUGAUGCUGGUCAGUCCAUGUUUGGCAAUCAUCGUGGGGAAGAAGUGUGUGAAAAUGGCAACAAUGCUUGUCUUAACAAGAGGCAUUGCUGGGGCUAUGAGAAUGGCUGUACAGAUUCCAGGCAAUGGUGUUUACAACCUAUAUGCAAUGAUGAACAAGGGUACCAACGAUUUAAAAGUGUGGAUGAGAAAAUGCAUGAGUGGUGGAGACAGGCUGAUUUUGGAUUUGUGAAAAAAAUUCGAGAUGAUUUGGUGACUGUGUGUGAGGCAACUAGCCAGGAUGAUUCAUCAUUUAUUUGUUCUAAAGACAUGGCAUUUUGUCGAGCUAAGAACCUAUAUCUAGAUUUGAGACGUGGAUCAGAAUAUGGAUGGCUGAAAGAGAAUCCAUUUAAGGAGGGUCAAAUUGGAGGACAUUGUCACUACAAUCCCUCACCAAUCAAAACCUCAAAUGCACAUCGUAUGUCACUUUCAUCUUGGAUGAAUGAAAUUGAAAAGUAUUCAUCUUUAUCUUUCCAUCCUAUCAAUGAUAAGCAUUGUGACAUAAUUGUUGAAAAACCAACUUAUUUCAUGAAAUUAGAUGCAGUUGUGAAUAUGUAUCAUCAUUUCUGUGACUAUUUCAACCUAUAUCUUACAUUUCAUGUCAAUGGAUCUUUCAGUAAAGAUAUUAAUAUAGUUUUAUGGGAAGAGUCAAGAAGAAACAGUCUGGGAAAUUUUGGAGCGACGUGGAAGGCAUUCACUGAUAAUGAAAUUGUGUAUCUAGGUGAUGCAUACAGAAACCAAAGAGUUUGUUUUAAAGAUGCAAUAUUUGCUUUACUGCCACGAAUGGUGUUUGGAUUAUUUUACAAUACUCCUCUGGUGCCCGGCUGUUUCAAAACUUGCCUUUUUAAAGCUUUUAACCGUUUUCUUAUGGACAGACUUGAUAUUAAACAAGAACGAAAUAUUACGGAUGUAGACGAACCAAUCCGCAUAGAAUUGCUGUCUCGGGGAACUGCGUAUAGACAGAUAUUGAACCAAGAUGAGAUUGAGAAAGCGCUCAAAGGUCUUUCUGGUGUUAAAUUUGAAGUACUUAACUAUAACUGGAAUGUGCCUUUCAUUGAUCAAGUGAAGACAAGUCAUAACAUAGAUAUCUUUAUUGGUAUGCACGGUGCUGGUUUAACACACACGUUAUUCUUACCUGACUGGGCUGCUGUUUUUGAAGUGUACAAUUGUGGAGAUACGAAUUGUUAUAAAGACUUGGCCAGAUUGAGAGGAGUGAACUACUACACUUGGGAAAAUGACGAGAAACUGGUUGAGAGAACUGAGAAUAAACACGAGAAAUAUGGUGAUAAUUUGAAGUUUAGAAACUUUGCAUUUGAUGUGAAAGAAUUUAUGCGGAUUGUUUCAAUCAUGGUUGAACAAGUGAAAAAAAAUAUAAUAGAGAACCAGCGAGAUUAGGAUUUCAAUUGUAAUCUAUUUAAAUGUUAGUGCAAUUCAAAUUAGGUUAUUUUUUCAAAAGAACUAUUACAAAAUGUAAUUACUAGAUAGUUUUGAAAUACAAUGUAUGAACGGACGAAUUUGAUAGCAUUUCUAGGUAUUAGGUAUAUUUUUAUACUUUUACAAUAAGCUGCAGAUAUAAUUUAUCACCUUUACCAAUUUU